GACCUCUGCCCAUUGAUAUUGUUCGUCUCAAGACCAUUUCACUCCUCCAAUGUCCAGCGCUCUUCUCGGAUGGACAAAAGGCGGUAAUUGAACACAUAUCAGCGCACGGAUUGCUAUUCUAAACGGCUUGAAACUGGACGACAUUGACGUAUUGUGCUUGCCGGAGGUUACGCGCGGUCAGAAGACAUCUUUUGUGCAUCGACAAGCCUUUUGUUCCUACCGGGUCGAAGGCUCGCCAGAAGACGGGUGCCAGCGGAGGGUGCCAGCGGACUACGGGAUAUAUAAACGCAUCGAAUAAUGACACCCCCUCGUCAAAACACCGCCCUUUCCCAGGCACCUAGCACCACACCGGCCAAGGCGAAGACCACCGCGGGCUCCACAUUCAACACGUCAAAACUUGAAGGCAAGCGAAAUGUCAUGUUUGAGUCGACCCGUCUCCUCCUUAUUCCGAACGAACGUAUGGAAGCGAUCUUACCCUUGCCCGAAUGGGUCGCGGCAUGCGUAGAGCAGCUGUCGGAUAGCCAUCCAGUUUUCACAGGGAAGGAAUGGGAUGACCUUCCACACCUCACCACGAAAGAUCAAACGUCGACCCUUGUGGGCAAGGAAGAUGAAGUCUUCCAAGCUUACCGCCCUCUCCACGAAUUGAUCGUCAAGACCUGUGGGAGUUGGCCAGGAAGCUCAGAGGCGCGACCUGUUUUGCUCCGGCCGAAAAAUACGCCCAAGUCCACCCUGAAGGAAAAUUCAAGCAGGCCAGAUGGAGCGAAUCCAAAGGACAGUUCCCUGAAGAUCGAAUGGGACAAGGAGCGGUACGUGUGGGUCGACCUGUUUUCGGCGUACGAGUUCAAGAAUGCGAACGAGAAGAAUCUGGUUGGUCUCAUGGGUAUCCAGAACACCAAGCAAAUCAUCUGGGACCUGCAACAUAUGUUGUGGGAGAAUAUCAAUCGCCGGUUCGCGGUCGGUAUGACCAUAGAGGAGACAGAGGCACGUCUGUGGGUAGCGACUCGCUCCGCGAUACUCGUCAGCACGGGGUUUGACACGCAGACGGAGCGCAAACGCCUAUUCCGGACAUUUGCCUUCUUUGCGUUCGCGGAUCAGACCGCACUCGGUCUGGACCCAACAAUGAGAAUGCCGAAAGGCGCAGACUUCUUCCUCGUCAACAUUGACGGGAAGCGGUAUCAAGUUCGGAAAAGGCCAAUCGCGGAUCACCGAGCGCGCGCGCUGCACGGGAGUGCGUGUCGUGUCUAUGAAGCAUGGCUCGUCAAUGACGACGCCAAUCGGCUGCCAAAAACCGAUGUCGCAGAUCUGAAGCGGGCGAAGAGGGUAGCGAUCAAAGAGGUUUGGCGGGACGAGUAUCGGGAGCCUGAACGGAAGAUCUACGAUCGGGUGAUGAAGGCGAUCAAGGAGAUCGAGAAGAGGAGCCCCGAAAAAUUGAAUCUGCGCCCUGGCGACAAGGCUGAGGAUUACUUCGUCAACAUCAGCGGUGAUGAAGAAGUGAUGGUCAAUGGAGUCCGCGAUGGUACAGCAGGAAUCAUGGCCGGUAAAGAGUUUCCGAAAGGAGCAGCUUGGAUCAAGACGUCACUUGGUAUGCAGACUGGAAGGGACGACAGGAUCGGAGUGUACAGUCCCAGUAUGCUGAACUCCGAGGGGGGCGAAGGCAGGAAGGAAAUCUCGUUGAAAGCCAAGAGCGGGGAACUUGUACCCUCUCCGCCCUCUCCGCACACUCUGCCCCAAAUUCACCACCGUGUCCAUUAUCGAACCGUGAUGGACAACAUUGGAGAACCGUUGCACCACAUCGCGAGGUUAGAUGUCGCAUUUAAAGCGCUAGCUGAUGUCGUCCAGGCAUGCAAAAUAAUGUGCAUUGCCGGGUUCAACCAUCGUGAUCUAUCUCCAGGCAAUAUCAUUGUUGACGAGAAGAACGAACGAGGGCGGCUCAGUGAUCUGGAAUUUGCGAAGAUUCAUAUGAGUGACGGAGCGGGGCACCAUGUGCGGACUGGGACUCCCGAUUUUAUGGCGGUGGAGGUGCUCCGUGGCUUUUAUAUGUUCGACCCCAAUGAACCCGAGGAUGGGGACAAGGACUUUCCAUUGCGCCAUAACGCUGGUCAUGACCUCGAGUCAAUCUUUUGGAUCGCCAUCUUCAUGUUGUACAACUCCAUGGUGGACGACGAGGACCAAGCGGAACACGCCAUUGACCAAAGGAAGGGACGAGAUGAAAUCUUCGACUCUCAAUACCGAAAGGACCUUUUCCUUUCAGGCAGAGAGCUCGGCCGCAAAAUGGCUCAACACUUCGACGGUUCUAGUUUCAAGGCGAUGAAGCAUGUGUUGGAAAUGCAGAAAUCGCUGAAAGUCGCGUACACGGAAUUUGAAGCGGGUCUGAGCGACGAGGAUCAGGGGAAGGAACGCAAUACACAUUUUCUCAAGGUACACGACUAUUUUGGGGAAAAAUUGCUAGAAAUGAGCGCCAUUUUCAAGGGGAAGAAGUGCGAAAGAGUGGACGAUAUUCUGCGGGCGGACCGACGCAAGCUAAAGGCGACGCAAUUGAACCAGGAGGUGGAUAGUUAGUCCAGAUGGCUUAUGACGCACUCUGGCCACAUUAUUCAAUUGCCUACAUACGAUUUCUCAAAUACCUAUACCCUACGUACUGGAAGCGAGGGCCACUCAACAACCCUUCCCACCUUCGAUCCGAUGUUAGGCCACCGCAGGCGAGACAGCUGCCGACUUUUUCGUCGGCUGUUCAUUAACCCAUGGGGUCAUGAGUGCUAGGAAUAAUUAUCCAUCCAUCCGACUUGAGCACCUCCACUGCAGCUUGGAUGUGAUCUUCAGUAAUGAGGACAUAGAAAGGAGGGAGGAAGCAUACCACGUCGACAUUGCAAAUAUCGGGAUCCGGGCAGCUUUCAACGGCUCACUAAGCGCGUUCAGGAUACCUGUCAAGCCUGUUGCAUAGUAAACCGUGAGUGAAGAGCCUGGUCAAUAUGAGAAACUGACUGUGUUCCAUCGGUCCAUGCACUUUGAGCGCCCGCCAACGAGUGUGAAUGCCUUCCGGUGCACCGUCAAACUGGGAGAACGCUGAGAACAGCAGCGGAUGGUUGCAAUAGAACGAACCUCAGUUGACCAAUCCUGGGUAUCUGUCACUACAGAGACUUCUUCCUCAGUUCGUGUGAUAGAAGUGAACACUGGGCGAUUGAAAUCAAUCGGCC